GUAGAACGUCAAAUUGCGAAAAACAGCCUCAUUGUUUACCAUUUCCGAUUGAAUUUCUUCCCACUGGUCUUCGUCUUCCUUUUUCCGGAUCUCCGAUUACCAGCCGCCGAUCAAUUUUUCGUGUUUUCAGCAGGGCGAUUGUUUAAGAUGUUUGGAGGUAGAGCAAUCCAUCGGUUGCUGAGAGAGAAACUUCUGUCACAAAACACUGUUUCUCCAGUUUUAUCGUCUCUUGUUUCCAAGAACGAGCAGAAAGGAGUUGAAUCUGCCACAAUGAAUUCCUGGAGGGUAUUGACUCUCUUUGGAGCAGGUGUCUCGGGGCUGUUAAGUUUUGCAACAGUAGCAUCUUGUGAUGAGGCUGAACAUGGCCUGGACGCACCUAACUAUCCCUGGCCCCACAAAGGCAUUCUAAGUUCAUACGACCAUUCCUCUGUACGCCGUGGUCACCAGGUCUAUCAACAAGUGUGUGCAUCAUGCCAUUCCAUGUCGUUAGUUUCGUACCGUGACUUGGUUGGUGUGGCGUAUACAGAGGAGGAAACUAAGGCUAUGGCAGCUGAGAUUGAGGUAGUUGACGGGCCAAAUGAUGAAGGAGAGAUGUUUACUCGUCCUGGUAAACUGAGCGAUCGUUUUCCUCAGCCAUAUUCAAAUGAACAAGCAGCUAGGUUUGCUAACGGGGGAGCCUAUCCUCCUGAUUUAAGUCUUAUUACCAAAGCUCGUCACAAUGGUCAAAAUUAUGCUUUUGCCCUUCUGACUGGAUACCGUGAUCCUCCUGCUGGUGUUUCAAUUCGUGAAGGACUGCAUUAUAACCCUUAUUUCCCUGGUGGAGCGAUUGCCAUGCCUAAAAUGCUUAACGAUGGUGCUGUCGAAUAUGAAGACGGCACACCAGCAACUGAAGCUCAGAUGGGAAAAGACGUGGUGUCAUUUUUAUCCUGGGCUGCAGAGCCCGAAAUGGAAGAGAGAAAACUGAUGGGAUUCAAGUGGAUACUUGUCCUAUCACUGGCGCUUCUUCAGGCUGGUUAUUACAGGCGAUUGAGGUGGUCCGUUCUCAAGUCUCGAAAGCUUGUUCUUGAUGUUGUCAACUAGAUUCCCUUUACUUACUCGAAAUGUCUCGUGCAUUCGGGGAUCAUAAAUCCGCAUCUGGCAAUUUCUUCUUCUUCUUUUAUAUAUAUUUCACAACCAAUUAUUUUUUUUCUUCCCAUUUUGAUGGAUAAUAAGGAAUUCAUACCACCGAAGCUUUUCUUCUCAGUUCGAGCUAAUUAAGAACUGUCCGAGUAAGAAAGUAUACGGUUGGUUGUGUACAUUUGAUGAAUUUCGUUUUGGGUUCUUCACGAAAGAUUACUUUUGGCAUGGGCCGGAAGUUCUGCUAUAUUUAUGGCAAUUUUGAAGAUAUAAAAUUCGAGAUAUUUAACAAUAC